CACACUCUCCCGCGAGCCUGCCCAUGGCUGCCCCAGGGCUCAACCACUCCUGGCCGGCCUUCCCUAAGCUGUGGCUGAAGCGGUGGGCCUUCAAGAGAGGCUCUGAGUCCAAGCCAUGUGUCCAGUCUUUUGACACUGGGGCUGCAGACUUGACCACCAGCAGCAGCUGUGGAUCCUGGAGGCCUGGGCACCUGGACUUCUUCUCCACCAUGGGGGAUGAGCAGGAGGACGCGGUUCCGGGGCCGCUCGGGGACAGCACAGAGGACCUCAGCCUGGACUGGGGGGCCCUUCAGGGCAGCCAGUAUCUCCAGGACCUGGGCCUCGAGGCCCCUGCCCACGGCCAGACUGGAGCUGCCGGGGCCAGGGACCCGCCCAGCGGAGCAGCAGGAAGCGGGUCGGCCUCCUCCGGCUCCGCGGGCCCCCGGGGCCGGCCGCGGAGGGGCAGCUGGGCGAGGCCCCGCAGCUGCUCGGACAGCUGGCAGAGGUGCAGCCUCGACGCCUCGGCCGUGAGUGAGGGGCCGUGUCUCCCGCGGACGCUGGCUACCCUUGCUCUGAACCUUCCUGGGGAGAGUCCGCAGGCCUGGACCAAGGAGCGUCUCUCUGGGGGCGGGACCCCAGCGGAGCACCCAGGCAAGGAAGGUGCCGGCCUGGAGGAGAGGGUGAGGUCACAGUCGGUGCCCGUGACCUUGGAUGAGAUCAGCGCCGUGGAAAGCUCUCGGGCUUCCGAGGUGCCCGCUCGAGCUGCCCAAGGCCUGGAGCCCCCGGGGCCGGAGCGCCUGGAGGAGGACCGCGUGGAGCCAGAUCACCUGCUGAUGGUGCAGCAGGUGCUGCGGGAGCUCCGCCAGUACCAUGGGGCUCAGCAGAGGGCUCACCUGUCGGUCAGCCCCAGAGAAGCCCCCUCCAGCCUCACCUGGUUUGAGUUCCUGUCUGAGAGCGAGGACGGAGCCAGCAGCAUCGAGAGGAGUGACAGGGGCACCACCAGGGUGAAGGGCAGACUCAGCUCCCUCCGCAGUCGAGUCACCAGGCACAAGGACAAGGGAAAAAGCCCGGGCCCUUUGAAGGACAAGGAUCAGGAUGCGCGAGAGAGAAGGGAGCGUGUCGACGGCCACCAGCUGUCCCGAGGAGCCGCCUCUGGCCACUCGGCCUGCCCCCCGAGCAGCCCUCCCGCGCUCAGCCCCGAAGCUGGGAGCCCUCUUCAGCCCCCUCCUCCGGGCCCCGGGAUCAGGAGCCGGACCACCGGGAGCCCGGGAGCUGCUGAGAAGGCAUCUUCUCCUGUGGCCGUGUGCUCGGCCCCGCUGUCGGAGUCUGUGCACCGGCCGCCAGCAGUGCAAGGCUAA